AUGCAACGUUGGCAUAUCGAUGCACCAAAUUAGCAGUGAUAUUCAAGAGAAUCAAUUCAUAGCAUAUGGUUCAUGGUCCGGACGGCUUAUAUAAGAGGAUAGGCACUGAACUCCUGCAUCGAUCAAAAGCUAAAAUAAGCUUAGCUAGUUAGAAGCCUAGUACAACCAAUUCAAGAAAACCAACAUGGAAAACCAUGGAAGUUUAGAAAAUCAUACUUCAGCUUGGGGUUUGGCAAAUUCUAUAACCUUUCAAAUGACUCUGAGAGCAGCAAUAGAGCUCAACGUGUUUAACAUCAUUGCCAAAGCAGGUCGCGGAGCUCAUCUUACAUCUAAAGAAAUUGUUUCUCAAAUCCCCAACACAAAUCCCAGUUUAGCAGGUCAGAAUUUGGAGCGAAUGCUCAAACUACUCAGUGUUCACUCUCUUUUAUCCACAUCUCUAAAACCAAACCCUAUCGACAAGACAAAGCAAGAAACCAGUUAUGGACUAACAAAGGAAGCACUUUGUCUACUGCCGAAUGAAGAUGGAGUUUCUUUUGCUCCUAAUGUCCUGUGGGGCUCUGAAAUGCUCUUUGUGAAGAGCUACUCCAAGCUCAAGUACACGGUUCUUGAACCUGAGAGUUCUCCCUUUCUGAAAGCCCAUGGAAAAUCCAUGUAUGAAUACAUGUCUAACAGACCGGAGCUGUGCCAAUUGUUUGACAAGGUAAUGGGAAUAAAUUCUUACCUGUAUUUUGAUGAUAAGGUGUUCGAGGUUUACAAAGGUUUCGAAGAGGUCAAGGAGCUGAUGGAUGUUGGAGGUGGUGAUGGAACUGCGAUUGCCAAGAUAGUGUCUAAGUAUCCUCAUAUCCGCGGAAUUAACUUCAAUUUGCCAAGUGCUAUAGCUCAAGCUCCUAACUUGGAAGGUGUGGAACAUGUAAGUGGAGAUAUGUUUGAAUUAAUACCAAAUACAGAGUCAGUCAUGCUGAUGUUAGUACUCCAUAAUUGGGAUGAUGAAAACUGUAAGAAGAUAUUGAGAAACUGCUGGGAGGCAAUACCAGAUGAUGGGAAGGUAAUAGUUAUUGAGCAUUUUGUAAUGCCUGAGCUAGUUGAGGAUACCCCAGAAAUGAAGCGCGUACUGUACGUUGAUGUAACCAUGAUGGCCUUAUGUCCUGGUGGUAAGGAGCGAACAACUGCUGAAUUUGAUGCUCUAGCCAAAUCCGUAGGUUUUGUGGAAACAAAGUUCUUCCCACUUCCUCAUGGGAGUUAUGUUAUCGAGUUUCUCAAGGGUGGGAGCCCCGAAGCAAUCGUUGAAUAAGUAGUGGAUGCCAUUGUGUUGUCGAUCUAUCACAUUUCCUUACUAUAUCUUUUCCUGUGUACGUGACUUUUGUUUUAUGUUUUCAGUGUACGUGCUCUUUAAUUCGGUUCUGUA